UAGGACCUCCUUUCCACAGGGCUAUGAGCAGCUCACCUGCAGGAGAACCCACAGAAGGCAGCAUGUCCCCCUUGCUCCUUGUGGCUGGGCUUGUGGCUCUGAGCCUGGUGACUUCUAAGAGCCAGGAGACUGAGCCCCAACUUGGCUCUGAGAACCAGCCACUCUUCCGUGGAGCUGACCGACAUGACUUUGCCAUCGUGAUCCAUCCAGGAGACACAGAAUGUUUCUGGCAAUUUGCUGACCAGAUGGGUUACUUCUACUUCAGCUAUGAGGUUCAACGCACUCUUGGGAUAUCAAGUGAUCGCCACAUUGCUGCCACUGCACAUACUCCACAGGGUUUCCUCAUUGACACGUCCCAGGAUGUUCGGGGCCAGAUUAACUUCGCUACACAAGAGACAGGUUUCUAUCAGCUUUGUCUAAAGAACGAGCACAAUCGCUUCAGUUCCAUCCAAGUGUAUCUCAACUUCGGGGUCUUCUAUGAGGGGCCUGAGAUGGAUCAUAAGCAGAAUCAAAGGAAACAGCUGAACGAUACUCUGGAUGCCAUCGAGGACAGUACACAGAAGGUGCAGAACAAUGUUUUCCACAUGUGGCGCUUCUACAACUUUGCCAGGAUGAGGAAGGUAGCUGACUUUUUCCUUCUCCAGUCCAACUGCACCUAUGUGAACUGGUGGUCCGCAGCCCAGAGCCUCACCAUUGUUAUCUCUGGGCUCCUCCAGCUCUGCUUCUUGAAACGUCUUUUCACUGCCUCAACUGCUGAUGCCAAGAAGCCAAGAUGCUAACGUAUAGCAUCUUAGUCAAAGCUGUGACAAAAUCAGCUUUAUAAAGUUGUGGGGGGAAAGUCAAUUUAAAUCCUUUUUCUUUUGUGUUCAUCAAUAAAGGCAAAUAGCAAUGAUGAAAAGUGAGUUCCGA